UGGAAGCUUGAGAGUGACUGAAAUAAGGAGAGGUCUGUUCGCCCACCAGACACCAGAGGCCCAAUGGAGCUCAACGGACAAACCUUGAAGACAAAGACAAUGGAUGUACAGAGGACAUAAACAUUUUGUGGGUAGUUCCUGAGAACCGUCAGCAACCAUCCUGUGUGGAAUUCAACCAUAAUCUGAUCCAAUCACACCACCUCUCCAUAAUGGUCAGUCCGAUUGCCCAAGUCUUGGACUGCUGUCUUCUACUCUAAAUCAGUUGGCCUCAGGCUGGAGUAUUGUAUCCAAUUCUGGACACUGCACUUAACAAAGGAUGCCAAGGCCUUAGAGAGGGUGCAGAGGAGAUUUACUGGAAUGGAACCAAGGAUAAGAGACUUCAGUUGCAUGGUGAGACUGCAGGAGCUGGAAUCAUUCCCCUUUGAGCAGGGUAGGCUAAGGAGGAAUUUGACAGAAAAGUUCCAAACUGUGGAGGAUUUUGACAGAGAGAUGGGAAAGUCUGAAACUGAAAAUGAAUUGGAAGAAAAGGAGGUAUCAAAGAAUGAUCCAGAGAUACUGAAAAGCGCAUCGUUGGAUAUCAUUGAUAUUGGAAAAGGCUUGAAGAUGCAGUCGGAGAGACCUCACUUAGUGAGUCUGGGUCGUGGUCGACUCAGUAUCGCUAUUACACUGCUGCCGAUAAACGAAGGUAAGACCAGGAUUGGCACUGACGAUGCCCCAGUACCUCAGGACAUUAUAUUACAAGGGGAAGACGUGGCAGCUGAGCACUGCUACAUCGAGAAUAGAAAGGGGCUAAUCAAGCUGUACCCCUGUGGAAACUGCUGCACAAUGGACGGGCUUCCAGUGAAAGAACCCACUCAGCUGACACAGGGUUGCAUUCUGUGCCUGGGCCAAUCGAACUACUUUCGAUUCAACCAUCCCAUAGAAGCCAGACGUAUAAAGAACAUGAAGCCCGACAGUGAGAUUUUAAUCUCCUCGCCCAGCUUGGUUCCAGAUUUUUCCAACAUCAGAGAGCACCAGGCAGCAACCCAGAGCCCAACCUCCAGACAGUUUGGAUUGGAACCGAGUUGCCAUGGUUACGUAGAUGACAACACCAUUCAGAACAUGGUCAACCUGAUGAAAACGAGCAGAUACAUCCCACGUUCUGACGGGCAGGUCAGGAGCCCCCCUGAGACCUCGCCCAAUGAAGGAAAGCGAUUUGCACCCAGAGUGCUCACCAGCCGCAAUGCCACACCACCGCCAUUUUAUCCCCAGUUCUCACCCUCCUUGGCGGACAAGCAGGCCGGCAGUGGUUUCCAGAGGUUCUUUCCGGUCAGAUCGCCAACUCCUCCGCAGAGCCCACCGUCGCCAACGGUUUCCUCCCCCUACGACGUCUACUGGGGGAGGAGACAGGAGCUGUGGAACGGCUCGAGGGCUCAGGCCUUUGCUUAUGGAAACCCCUUCGCAGAAAACUUCUCCAGACGGGGGGCGUGGGAUGACACAACGUUGCCGGAAAGCACCCGUUUAGGCCUCGCGUCGGUCCGGGCCACCGCAAACCGCGGCAAGGAAUCGGCCAGCAUGCCAUCGAGCCCCAGGCUGCCUCGCAAGCUGCAUCUGUCGUGCAGCCCCACCGAUUGUUGCCACUUAGGCCGGGAGAGGAUUGCCAUUGGUGAAGGGGCUUUUGGACCCAGUUCCCGAGCCAGGGAAGUGUCCGGGAGUUGUCUCCGGCAAAUGGGAGUGCACAGUCGUUCACUCCCGAGACUGCACAAGCCUGGAGACAACCAGCUGGUGCCAUUUGCAUCCAUCCAGUCUGUGGACUGCCUGAAACCGAGGUACACCGUGGAUGAAUCCAGGGAUUUGGGUCCGAGGUAUUUCCCUCUCCCAAUGAAAGAAUCUCAGUACGCACACCCAAGCCAAGCAGCAUCGCCAUACUCAAGCAUCGCCGGGGAAGGACAUGAGGAGCACCAUGUCACAGGAAGCCCGAGGAUUGCUCAGAAGAUCUCCCUGGCUUCACCACCCCAUUUUCAUGAUAGGGAUAGUCCCUUUACCUUUGAUCCCAGGAGGAAGGAGUUUCAGAAUGGAGGGGGGGACUUCUCCAUUGACGCCAUUGACCAGGUGUUUUGGAGUCGGAGCAGCCUUAGCAGCCUCCUGGACUCCCAUGCUGGUGACACGGGUAAGCUGACGGUGACAGCACUGGGACAGCGCUCUGCGUCUCCUGCGUUCCGCAAGCGUACCAGCAGCAUCAGCUCAGUCGGAGGGAACGAGGAGGAUUUGAUGGGUUACCAUCAACGACAAAAGGAAGAGAGGCUCCGUGAACAGGAGAUGGAGCGUCUGGAACGGCAGCGUUUGGAGACAAUUCUGAACCUUUGUUCGGAAUACAACAAGGCAGGUGAUAGCACAGCAGGAGCAGCAGUGAGCAGCAUUGAGAAGAUUGGUGAGCAGCUACAGAAACUGGCCCUGUCCUCAAGCAGAGCAUGCUCGCCACAGCUGGAGCCCAGUGAGCACGACUGCUGUGAAAUGGAGGCAAGGCCUUUGGCAAGAACCUCACACAGUCCGCCCUCCGCAUUUGACUUUAGCCCCUCGGAUAGGAGGUCAGCCAGGCAUCGUGGCCCCCUGGAACCAGACAGCUGUGUGGAGUUGAACCGUUCCCAUGCCGGGAGGUCUCGGCAGCUGUCUCCCAGUCCGGCCGAGCGCUCGCGGAAGCAUCCAGCCGAUUCCCCGCCUCCUCGCCAGCACGACCACUCGGCAGAGAGGCUGAGUUCGUUUGCUGACGGUGUGGAAGCGGGGGCCUCUGACGAUGGCUGCAACAUGGAGGACAAGGAAUUGGCAGAGAGGAACAUGAAAGAGAGAAUUUCUCAGCUGGAAGAAGAAUGUAUGUUCAUCCUGAACAAUGUGGAAGAGAUUAACCGGAAGAUUAAAGAGCUGGACAAUCAAAUGGAAGAGUCUUCACAAGAGAUGGAGAUGGAGCGUGCCUUGUUGGAGGGGGAGCGGGACUCGGAGAUCUCACAUGUCCAGUACGAGAAAGAUGUAAUGGAACAACUCCAGAAGAAAAUAACUGAUUUGGAGACCAGUGUUGCAUCUGAAAAGGCUAAGGAUGGUGAACAGUUGGAUUCGGAGGUGAAAGGAUAUGACGAUUUUGAGUUUCAACAGCUGGAACAGGAGAGCAGGCUGGAAGAGGAGAAGGAGAAUCUCUCCAAACAGCUCCUGAGCGAACUGGCCGAGUACCAACAGAGUAUUACAGCAAGGGAGAAAAGAAUUGCGUCGUUGGGAAAUCAGGCAGGUCAGAUUGUGCAACAAACUGAGCUGGAGCGGCAACAUUUCACAAAAGAGAAGAGCAACUUAGUCGCCAUGCUGCAGAGAGAGAAAGAGAAUCUGAUGAGUCUGGAGAAGAUGUAUUCCGACAGUACUGGUGGGGCAGGCCUCCCCAUUAAUCCCAACAUAUUUAAAGAGAACUUCCGUACUCUGGAGGACAGAAGGAAACAGCAGAAAGAGGGUUUGUAUCUGAGUGACACAGUGCCGAGGAAAAAAAACAGCUCAACUUCAUCCAAGUAUAAUAGUGUGACUCUGGGCCACAAUUCGAUGUCUAAGUCUCACUCGCCACUGGUACAAAGCAACAGCUGCAGCAACAUUCUACCUCACAGCCUAACAGCGGCUGUCAAUGAGCUGGAUAUCAGGAGGCUACAAGGGCACAAAGGGAAAUCAAGAAAAGGAGCAUCCUCGCAUUCCAAGGGGACUCGUAGAAAAGGAUCCCGACAGCACCGUGCCAAUGACGAGCAGAGGCUCCGAGCUCAGGAGGAGGCCAGCGCUGGGGCUGAUCGCUCUCCCUACACUGACAGUGGAUGCAAGGACAGUGCCUUCGACACCCUCAGUGUGGACAGCUCCGACAGUGUGGACACCAACAUCUCUGCCUGUUCUCCGGACAAUAUUUCCAGUGCCAGUACAUUUAACGUUGCCAAACUUGAAGAGAUGGAACGGUUGUUAAAGGAAGCUCAGGCUGAAAAGGCAUGGCUAAUUGAAAGCAAAGAGCGAGAAAUGGAAGCUAAGAAACAAGCUCUGGAGGAAGAGAGGACUCGGAGGGAGCAGCUGGAGAGGAGAUUACGGGAGGAGACGGAACGCAGACAACAGCUCAUCGAGAAGGAAGUUAAAAUGCGUGAGAAGCAACGUUCACAGGCCAGGCCCCUGACUCGCUACCUCCCAGUCAGAAAGGAAGACUUUGACCUACGCACUCACAUUGAAGCAGCCGGCCACAACGUGGAGACCUGCUACCACGUAUCCCUCACUGAGAAGACAUGUCGAGGGUUCUUGGUCAAAAUGGGCGGCAAAAUUAAAACCUGGAAGAAGCGUUGGUUCGUUUUUGAUCGAACAAAGCGGACCCUGUCGUAUUAUGCAGAUAAACAUGAAACCAAAUUGAAAGGGGUGAUAUAUUUUCAGGCUAUCGAGGAAGUUUAUUAUGAUCACUUGAAGAGUGCGCACAAGAGUCCCAACCCAUUACUUACCUUCAGCGUAAAGACACGGGACCGAAUCUUCUAUAUGGUUGCUCCAUCACCUGAGACCAUGAGAAUCUGGAUGGAUGUCAUUGUUACAGGAGCUGAAGGUUAUACUCAGUUCAUGGUUUAAGUGACUUCAUAUCAUUGUAACCUCAUUGUGCAUGCGAAGUUUUAUAUAUAUGUGUGUAUGAAAUGAGACUCUACAAACCACUGUCAUGGCUUUAUCUUUGUUAUCUUGAAGGUUGUGACAAUCAUACAGUUUUAAUUACUAAAGUAGCAAAUUAUUUUAGACAAUUGGAGCAAAUUUCUGCCUAUCGUUGAUCUGGUGUGAGCAUGUCACUAGAAUGUAUGCCCAGAUGUGAGGGGCCUUCACUGGGGCAUUAAAGAUAGAAAAUAUACUUCAAAGCGAACUGACAGAAUUAAAAGGGCAUCCUUGUCUAUUUUUGAUACAGUAUUAAAUGGUUAGCUGGUCUACAUUAUAUAUAAGAUCACACAUAUAUUUCAAUUAAUAAUCUGCUUUUGUGAUGCGGAUUUCCUCUGGGGUCCCCGAUUGGACACCAGGCCCCCUGGGUAAACAGGGUUCCUGCCAAAGUUACAGAGGCCCAUGGGAGAAAUGGCAGUGCCUAAAACUAUUGAGGAUCUCUGUCAGCGCUGGAUUGUGUGAUGUUGGGUUUUUGCCCACUCAGUAAGCACACACUUUAUUUCCCCAAAUAACUAUUAUGUUUCAAAGCAAUCAGCCAGUUUUCAAGAUGGUCUUUUUACUGUUCAGGAUAAAAGGACAGAUAAUGGAAGUAAACUUAUAAAAUCUCUGUCAGCGCUGAUGUGGGAGCCUCUGGCAGGUGCUGAUGUUUCUCAUGGUCUCUGUGCUCUCAGAAAAUUGGUGCUAAUACGUUGAGAUUAAUUCCCCCAAAUAAGGCAAGUGUUUCAGUGGAAGUGGCUGCUUCAAGCACUGAGCAAGAGGUCAACUAGGCAGCAGAGAUCUCUGAUGCUUAGUAAAUUCAGGAUAUUUAAAUAGGUUACAAUGGGCGGAAAGCAAUCAAGGUGGCAAGUCUGACGGUGUGGAAUCUCACUUUUAGCUGCCUCAGUCAAUUCUUGUAAAAUGGCCAAAGUUUUGUGAUGAGAACGCCAAGUGUGUCACUGAUAUUUUAUUAUUAAGCUAAACAACAAACCCCAUUAUAUCAUAAUCAGCUUACUGCGGCUUCUGGUGUUGGGUUUGUCAGUUUAUCAGCUGCCCCAUGUACAUGCAUCUAUGUUCAAUAUUUAUUCAGUAUUAUUUUAAAAGUAUAUCUAAGGAUUACAAAUAUCUAAGGAAUUUUAUAUGUUACACAGUUUGGAUUAUUUUCCUAUUUAAAAUGUAUUUGAUAUAAGAUUUCAUCUUGCAAGGAACCUCUAAGUUUGAAUAAAAAAUGAAUAUCUCUUUC